GAAGAACGUGGCUGGAAAUGGCCCAACGCGAGAUGCCAAUUGAGCAAACGCUGCUUUCCAAGGAGGACAUACAUGCUAUUUUCAAGCCCCUCAGUGACGGGGACAUGGCCACUUUCUUCGAUAAUGUGGCAGACGAUGUUGACUGGACUGUGAAAGGCACUUUCUUCCAGAUAGCAGGCCACUACACCUCCAAGGCUGAACUCGCUAGAGCAAUGUCCGUUCUCAACACCGUCUGGGCCACCCCGCUCAAACUUGUGGUUACGCACAUUUUAUGGGACGGCUCCCGUGCAGCUGUGGAGCUCAAAGCAGAAGAUACCUACUGCCGGAACGGACUUCCUUUCACAAACGAAUACGCCUGGAUCUGCCGUUUCAAUGCGGAGAAUAAGAUCGUGGAGUUGAGAGCAUACAUGGAUACUGAUUUUGUCACGCAGGCCAUAGCGCAAAACACGCAGGUGGAUUAGUCGGUGGAUCUACGAUAAUGUUACAUUCCUCAAAGUUUAAGAAAAUGACAGACAACUCUAUUUAUUUCACCUGCCCAUGGAACCUGGAUGUGGAGUUAAAGCUUCAUCUGUGACAAGUUCUGCGCACUCUGUGUAACCAGGGUUUGUUGUAUAUCAUUCACAGGGA